CCUGGUCAACUGUCAACCAUAAUUCCCAUUUGCAUCAACCUUCUCUCUCUCCCUCUUCCUCUCUCUGUGUAGAGACGAAGAAGAGUCUCUCAUGGUGGAUAAAGACAACCCACCUUACUGGGUUCCCUUUUGAGCCUUAAUUAUCAUAGACCAUGGAAGACCCAUUUCGUACUUUCACGCUUGUAGUUCUCCAUUUCCUUUCUAGCGUUUGCUCCUCUUUCGAACUUUUCGUUCAAUCAAAAUCCAUUUCUUACUUCUUCUUUGAAUAUUUCCAAGUUCAAACUCCUGAUCACUGAAUUCAACGACGUAGUUUGAUCGCCUCCCACGAUCUCACUCUCUUCAGUACUCUUCUGCUCACUAUAAUCACCAGCGUACAAUCAUGGCUUCAAAGAGUUCUGGUUCUUACUUCCCACUUCAAACCCUUUAAAGCUUGAAACCUUCAUUAUUUCAAUCUUUCGUAUUGUUGUUGUUUUCUUUGAAUUAUUUACUUGGGUUCUCAACUUUUUGGUCUUAAUCAUAUUCUCUGUGCUGUUCCCCGAAUUCCCACGAUGAGUUUCUUGAGGCCCUCUGCAUUGUACCAGUUCCUUAUCGCCUCCCCUUCGCUCCGGUGGAUGCCGUGCCAGAGUUGGGGGUUUCUCCGGUGGCCGGGGCUUGAUGGGUUCCUGAGGCUUUUGGUGCUGGUGCUUUUAUGGUCCACGUUUUCGGAGAUUCGGCACAUACCCUCCUCUUCUAUGUACCCAACUCUCCGUGUUGGUGACAGGAUCAUUGUUGAAAAGGCCACAUAUUACAUUCGAAGUCCUGCUAUACACGACAUUGUAACAUUUAGAGAUCCAACACAGCAUACUGGAGAAGAGCAAGGUGUUUUCAUAAAGAGAAUUGUUGCAAAAGCAGGAGACUUGGUUCAGGUCAAUCAUGGGUCGCUCUAUGUCAAUGGAAUUGCUCAAAAGGAAGAUUUUAUUUCAGGGUGCCCAACAUACAAAUCAAAUUUAAUAUGUGUGCCUCAUGGUCAUGUCUAUGUGCUGGGUGACAACCGGAACAACAGUUAUGACUCUCAUGUUUGGGGCCCCCUUCCCAUGAGAAACAUUCUUGGAAGAUAUGUUAUGUGUUGUUACAGACCUUCAAACAAUUGACUCAGCAAUGAUGGAAGAAGAGCUAGAGCGAUUUGAAUUUUAAACACACUCAGACUUUGGCAGGUUAGAGUGGGACAUUAUUAGAAGGCGAUUGAAUCUAUUAGAAGGUUUUAUAUAUACUGUUUUUCAAGAGGGCGAGACCCCAUAAGUCUUAUUAAGAAACCCUCACCUGUGGCGGAGGAAAACUGUGGUUACAUCCAAAGUACUUUGGGGGUGGGUGCAAAUCAUCUCUAGUCCAAGGGGUACAAACUAUACCAUCCCUUUGCUAUAUACUAAUUCCAUGGUCAUUUACAAGGUAUAAAUGGUAAUCUCGCUUUGUCCAAA